AUGUCAUUAUUGUUAUUAUUAUUACCAGUUAAAGUGGUACUAAUUAAUUCAUCAAAUGUGACUAAUACUCGUCGAUGUCCAUCAAAAUGUACAAUAGUUAGUUUGAAUCGUGCAUCAUUGUAUCGUCGAGAACAAGAUUGUUCCAAUGUAGAAAGUUUUGUUAAAUGCUCUGCAACUCAAGCAAUCAAUGAAAGUUUGACACCUUCAUUAUUUGACAAAUUUUUCUAUCAUCAUACACAAGUUACAUUCUAUGCGAAUGUAUCAGAAACAAAUGUCGAUAUUCAUAAUGCAUGUUUUGAUAAAGAUAAUGAUUCAAGAAUAUUUGCACAAAAAAUAGCGAAUCAACUACUUGGAUAUCGUUAUGUUGAGUUGGAAGAAAGUAUAAAACUAAUCAUUUAUGAUCCUCAUGCUAAUACAGAAACUCAAUUCUUCACACCCAAUCUACAAUAUGUUAUUGAUAAUAUUGGUACAGCAGCUUCAUGCAACAUUACAGGUUAUGUUUUAUCAUCAUCAAUAUCUGAACAACGUUUGUGUUGGUUAGGUACUUUGGUUAGUCUUCAUGUGUAUACAGAAAAUAAUUUACUAACACUAAUUAAUACAACUAUUGCGUUGAGUUAUAAUUGUAAUACUCGUGGUUUAUUAUGUAAUGGACCAGAAAUGUUACAAAAUGUUACAGAAAUUGUGAACAAAUUUUUUAAUAAUCCUCCUUAUAUAGAUCAGUCGGAUUCGUGUACUAAAUGUACGCCAAAAGGUAGUUGUGUAUAUGCUUCACGUGGUGUUGUUCAUACAUUUCGAAAUAUAAAUGGAAUAAAUGCACGACCUGCUCAACUUCAAUUUUGGUCCAGUCCAGCUGGAAUCGAAAAUUAUUUUCAACAAGUGAGUUAUGCACUCAACCAAAAGCCACCUGAUCUUGAUCUUGUAAUGAAAAUUGCUAAAGAAUGGGGUAUUGAUAUCAUUGGAUCACCAAAUUGGAGUAUUGCUGGUUAA